AUGGACGACCUCGGCCUCCCAAUAGCAUUCGGCAAGCAAAAGCAAGAACGCGAAACCCACGCGCUGCCUGAUCGCCCGGCGCAGGCGGAGCGCGGCGAGGGCUCGUCCCGCGGGCCGCGCGGCAGUCGUAACGCAUACACCCUCCCGCGCCGCUCGCUCGAGCGUAUCGUGCGACCAGCGACCAGCGCCAUUGGCCCGGGUGACACGUUGGCGCCGACCGAGCAGCGCCCGCCCCCGUCGUUCGUCUCGGGCGCGAACCGCGCAAACUUUGGCGCGCGCGGCGGCAGUGCGCGCGGAGGAGGAGGCGGUGGUGGUGGACAUCGCGGCCGUGGAGAGCGCGGUGGCCAUGGUGGUGGUGGGCACGGCGGCGGCGGUAGCGGCGGCGGACUGUGGAAGGAGAGCUAUGUCGAGGAUCCUUGGCGCGGGCUCACGCCCCGGCUUGCGCACACUGCUGGGGUGUAG